UCGACACAGGGCCGUCGUUGUCGCCGUAGGAGUGAUUGUCGAGCCGAUACGUCGUUAUUGUACGCUUCCUGCUCGCUCCUCGAUCUGCGGUCCGCUCGUUCUAGAUCCAAGUGACAGGGCUGCCGAUCUCCAAGUAGUCUCCUACUCUCCAACAGCGUAGUGCGUGUCUGUGCACGAGCAUAAGUUGUAUGCUCCUCUUACGAAAGUGUUUUCUAUUAUAUGCAUAAUAGUACCGUAGAGAGAGAACGCAAUAGGGGCAAUAGUGAGGCAUACAGCUGAUCUUGUUUGCCGAUUCGUUUUUUUCGCAAAUACUAGCUGCGGUAACGGUAAGAGCGGCGACACGUAAAGUUAACGACGUGACUGAGUGACGAUCAACACCCGACAGGCAACAGUGCGCUUGCAAUGUUGUCCGGCGACAACAAAAUCCGCCACUUUUAUGUCGCCACCGUACACAUAACACACGGAGUUUGUGUGACCGAGGAACAUGUAACAACAGCGUUAGAAUGUUGAGGCAUCAUAUGGAAGGUGUGACUGAGAGAAGUCGGCUUUUUCGUUCGAAGUAGUGUCGAAACCACCCCACCACCGCCGUCAGUUGGUUCGAUUCUCAUGCGGGGCCUCGCAUGUUAUCUGUGUUGUCCUGUUCCAGUAUGAGUGCACUGUCACUAUAUUAAAGUUGCGACAAUGGUUUCCAGCCUAUGCAUGAGCCAGCUUUCCUCAGCUCUAGACGGUGUGGUUUGCAGAUUGUUGGCGGACAAAUUCGUCGACUGAAAGAAACGGCUAUAAUUUCUUGUCGUCGUUUAUAUUAUCGUCGUCGUCGACGCCGCGAUUUGCCUGUCGUCGUUGCGGAUCAGCAUGACAACGAUUUUGGCCCGUUGCUGAAAGUAGGCUUUUAGCAACUAGCUGAUACUUCAGGCUUGAACUACCUAUACGUAAUAAUAUAACACGGCAGAAACGAUAAUACCCUAUUUCAAGUAGACACCAGCCUAAACUCGCUACUGGAACAAACGUUGGAGUAUCUUUGUGUCCGAUGAGGCCAGCCGAACCGAUGAUACUUCGACCUCGAAUCUAACAUAUCGAGUGCAACAUAUUAUAGGAAAUAUAGAGAAGGAGAAAAGAAGUCGGUGUGCAUUCUUUUUUGCUUCGUUCUUGUCGUCAGGAAUUGUCGGUAGUUCACUGGUUGACCCGCGUACUUUUUGACUCGGCCGCGGUCUUAAACAGCGGUGCUACCGUCAGUAGUGAACUGUGUGCUAAAUACGCUGGUGUUGUUCUAAGCGCUUCCGUUCUAGCGAGUCCUGUGUUGACGGCAACGAUUCUUGUUGCAGCGCCGACAACGACACCGACGACACGACGGAGCAGAACGGAACGAAUGGGAGCGACAUCGUCCACGGGUCCACGGAGUUAACGACGUCUACAAAUGCGACGGAAACAGCGAUCGUAGGAAUGGUCCGUCGCCGGAGGGAGAGAAGAAAUGGUCAAGAAGUCCUUUUCAACGUUGUUGUUUAUUCGUAUCUAUUGAUGAUAGGAAAAUGAGGAGGAACCCCUCAACGAAGAAUGCCCAGAAAUACGAACUACACUAAAACAGUCGCUGAGACGACAAACGUAGGCGAAAGAAACAGAAUCAACUAACUAACAAAACACGGACGACCACUUCGGAGAUAAGAAAGUAGAAACCGCCGAACAGAAACUGACUGAGUUAAUAGGUAGGUCGACUUAGAUCUGGCUGUAUCUCGUGUCGGUGUAAAAUUAGCCCCAGUACCUCCCCGUAUGGUGUGUAUCGGACAAUGUGUACGUAAAAGGAUGGUUCAAAGGAGAUCAGCAAAAGUCUUGGGCCGGAAAGAAUAUAGAAGAAACAUCUUAUUCUAUUUUUGCCAGCAUAGCCUCCAGCACACGGUAGGCGGUCAGAAAUGGCGGAAAAAUGAAAAAGGAGUUGAAGCACAGAGAGUUGGCAUAGGAGCUCCGUGUGGUCUGAAAGAAAGACCCAGGCCCGGGUUUAACUCCAGAAAAAUAAUCGGCUCGCUGUCUCGUUGAAUGUGCCUGCUUUAGGAGUUAACGUUGAUUUCGAUUGUUUUUGUUGUUAUUGUUAUUUUUAUUGUGAUCGUUUUGGGUGUGCAUGCGACUACACAGACAGGCACCAGACGCUAGCAUUAUUUGGCUAACUGGUCGAUUACUGUCGUGCCGCAGAAUCGGUCUGCUGCUACAACAGCAAUUGGAUUUGGUGACGAACGAAGAGAAAAUGGGGUCGAUGCAGCCUUAUCGUUGUAGUGUUUUCCCCCAAUGGGUGAUGAUCACAUUGUGCUGAACCGCUGUGUUAUGUUUUCGGUAAGCGCCUGUGGUGGACUGGCUUCGCUAUAGCUUCUGCAGUUUGUGGGAGUCCUACGUGCAACUGCAGGAACUUGUGGGAGCCUAUGCUUAUGCAGACCUACGUAUAAACCUGUGGAAACGUUGCUGGCCUACAAGAAGGUGGGCUGAGGGGGCAGGCAACGUGAGCUUUCUAUAAGUGCGUUUGUGUAUUUGUUUGCAACUUUCCCAAUCAACGCAUUGGAAGACGAGUUGUCUCAACAGGGUUUUCAGAAGAAAAUGGAAAGGCGAAGGAAUACAAAUAAGGUGCAGAUAUCGUGUCCUAUCCCGACACUAGCUUCCUGUUGUCCUCAGGUACCCCGUGCUGAUCGUAUUUGACUCUGAUUAAAUCACAAACAAAGCCGGAAGCAUCUCAAAUAGACAACUCCACGCGAAAGGGGAGGACGUUUAGCCUAACUACGAGCCUUUCAGGCCGCAAACCUCUGCCACAGCGGAGGCCAUGCGGCCCGCCGUUCAAGACAUCGCUCACCAAUGGAGGUAGACCGGUUGCCCGACGGGCGGGCGCUAGUGGCGCUCUCAUUAGCGGAACUUCGUGAGGCGUGUGGCACUCGAGGUCUAAGCAAGGGAGGGUCUAGGAAAGACCUUUCUGACCGCCUUAAACUUAGACUUGAGCUUGAAAAACUUCGCGAGGAAUCCACGCGAAAAGCCAAGGCAAAAGAGGAUGUUGUGCCUAAUAUUGGUUUGCAGGACACAGCCGUUGGCCAGUCCGACAUCGUUCGGCAGUACCUCGAGGCGCAACAGCGCCGGUUGGAGUUGUUCGCCCAACAUGGUCAGACGGGCGGCCAGCCACAACAGGUACAGAGUUUCCAGGCCACGGCAAACGCAACAGCAGUUACAGCAGCGGAACACGUAUCUGCUACAGCAGCGAGCGCCGCCGCCGGUCAGUACAACCACACUCAAUCCCCUGGUAGCUACGAGCACAAGAGCCCCAAGGGCGUCACCGACGGUCGAUCGGCCGCUGGCGUUACUAAUGCGAAAACUAAGGGUAUUACUACUCGAAAAAACAAAAGUACUGUUGCGGCGACAGAGAGUUCUUCGACAGCUUAUCGAGGCGCCCUAGGCACAUCGUCUAUAGGUACCACCAAAGACGCGACCCUAACGGAUGGUGGUCACGCAGCUGCUCAUUCGGGUGUUAAAUCUGGGAAAGCAACACGUUCGCGAACGGCAAGCAGUAAUUUUCAUAAUGCUAUGGCCGUCAGUAAAUUUGAUAUGCUACCGUCGCCGACGAAGAAGACACGUCUCGGGUCGACACUUCCGUCAGCGCCUGCGUCAGGGACAGGAACGGCGACAUUAGGGAGCGUCGUGCGAGAAGACCAACUGGUGUCUUCAUUGUCUGCAUUGCAGACGACGAAACGACGGCGAGGCGUUGUGCAGCCACCUGCUACGAUCUCGAAAACUGAGCCCGUCACGGCGGUGAAAAGUAGUCCUCGAAUGACAAAGAUUACUACCAAUCAGGCGGAGCAACAGCGCGUUGCAACAGUACAACCAAAGCCUGUUGUCGAGCCAGUGAUUACGCUGCCUGUUCAGGGGGCCACACCAGUUCCUAUGAAGCGAGGUCGUGGGCGACCUAGGAAAAACGCAGUUCUUUCCUCAGUGGCGCCACAAUUAUCACCAACAGCGUCAGCCCCUACCAUCUCAAUUGCGCGUGAAGCGCCAGCAGAUCGACCCAUUACGGAACAACCUGUUCCAAUGGAUCAGGUCGAACCGGUAGUGAAGUCGGGCAGCAGUUCUGCGACUACUAGCAGCAGUUUACGAGAUAGGGGUAAAGAUAAGGAGCGAACGUUAGCCGAUGAGACAAAGACGCUCAAGCUGGCGAAAAUUACUCAAAGUGGACAGGAAGAGCGGACGAGUCGAAAUGCGACAGUGGCAGGAGCGUCGACGAUCGCAACAAAAAGUAAUGGGAAAAUAAAGUUGGAUAAAAGCCCGUCCAUCGAGUCUGUCAAGGCAUUGAAGGACAAGGCGCAAGAUGUGGCGAAGCCUCCCAAAGAGAUUUUUGCCAGCAAAAGGACGGAACGAACGACAAAUCGAGCCGAUAAUCAGAUAGAAUCAAUAUAUAAGGAGACCAAGGAGGGCCGACCGACGCGAGGAAAGCGUCUCAGAUCUCAGGACGAUGUGACUGCAGCGACUCCGUGUACUGGCGGCGGCGGCGGCGGCGGCAGCGGCGGCGAGCCGAACAAGAAGCUCAAUAAAUCGAACCGCCAUAACAAAGACAAGGAUGUUAAAAGUACUGUAGUGGUUACGGCAAUAAAAAGUGUGCCCGCUUCGGCACAAGAAAAACUCACCGAUGAGGAUGCCGCUGCUCAGGAGAGUCUGCCUGUAGACGAUCCAAUCGAAGCGGCUCUUCUGGCCCUUCACGGUGGAUGUGACGACCCUGCACUUCCGACAGCAGCUGAGCAUCAGCCGUCGUUACAAGUACGACAAGAAGCAGCACUGGCACCCCCAACUUCCGCACUAUCCCGGCCCGGCAAGGGUCGUGGUGGGGCGCUUCGCGAGAUGAGGAAUCAGGCGUCCUCCACUGAGCGAGCACCGGCUAAUACAAAAGCACUGCCUGAAGCUGCCUCGGAGUCUUCCUUGUCUACCUUACCUGUUUUGCCUGAUGUUUCGUCGCCAGAAAGAACUGAGAAGAAAACGAGUCCAAGUGCUACGACGUUUACGAAGGAAACAUCCAGUUCUUAUGACAUUAAGGAAUUGCUUAGUAAAUCAUCACCAUCUGGAUCGAUUAAAGCAGCGUCUGUCAGCCCUCCUUCGGACCGCUCCGACACGAGAAGGUCAGACCGCAAUCAGCGCGAGACCCGCAAGAGAUCCAAGGUUGAGAAUAUUGUGCAAAGGUUGGCCCGAAGGGAAGGUCGCUGUUCAAACACGUCUGUGUCCUCAACUGAUAGUGCCCAAGCCGUUAGUCUACGAGAGCCUAUCGUACUGUUAGAGAGGACCGAACUGACGGCAAAACAACUAAGUGACACUGCGCCCCCUGUUACCGUUUCAAAAACGAACUUGAAGCAAAAAGCCGAGCAAGCAGAAAUCAAAAUCGCAUUAUCCCAGUCAAAGGAAGCUGAAAGCAGACUACAGAAAUGUCAUGCGAAUGACGAAAGUCGAAGUCCUGACAUACAACGGCUUCCUACACCACCCCGAUCAAAGAGGCCACGCCGAGAAAAUGGCGCUGCUACUACAGCCACCGAAAGCGGCGGAAGUGCUUCUGAAACCACUAUUGCAUUAAGUAGUUGUAUAGGUUGUUCCAAUGAAACUCAGACCUGUGAAGCUCGGAAUGAACCUGGCACUGCUCCACCUGCAAGGAGCACAUCACUUGAUGACUGCGUAUUGCGGUUGCUCGGUGCGUCCCCAAUAAAAGCGUUAGUUGAAACUAAGCCCCCUGAACCAACGUCGUUAAAAGCAGCUUUCGAUCCAGCAGACACACGUAACGAUAGCGGUAAAGGUAAUAAGCAGCAGGAGUCACAACGACCGCAACCCCAAUUAAACAUGGCGACUACCUUGCAAGCGACGUUAAGGCAGGUACGGCGUCAGCUUCCAAUGGAACAUACGACUGCGCCAGUUGACGCUCCAGAAACGGAAAGCCUGCUUUAUAAGCAAGUGAAGAACACGUCUUCUAAGGAGAGGCACGAGCAACCAACUAGCACCGCGGUCACGCCCAAAGAAUCGUUUUUUACAUCUUCUAUGUAUAGAUGUUCGGUGACGCCGGCAACGACGUCUGGCCGACGAGAUUCUGUUGAGGCUGCAGUUGCCGCCCUCAUUGGUGAGCCCUAUGAAGAAAUAACAGUCUACCAAUCUGCCAACGUGGCUUCCAGCAAAUUAAUGAAAAGUGGUGGGACCGCCCUUCGUAAUGAAGCCGCUGAAAAAGCAUCAACGCCAGCGUCAACAGUCGUUAGCCACCUCGCCUCGAAAAGUUCCCUCAAGAAAUACUCGUCCACAACUUCAUCCGCAUCGAACGCGGUUGCCGCUACGGCGUCUACCUCGUCCGCUACAACAGGCCGAGAGCGCUCUUCGCGUUGUCAGAGAGAUGACAACGCUAAAGUGCAGGCUUUAGAUUUCGUUAAGGGUAGUGCAAAAUCAGCAGUGACGACUACAGCUACCGUAUCGAACACUGUUUCGGCAGCGACUAGCGGUGGGAAUAGUUCCGGAAAUGGCACACGCAGCUCAAGAAGUCGAUCAUCGCGACACCACAAUAAAGCAGAUGUCUUAGCGGACAAAGUCAGCGUAGAGUACACCGACAAAAGCAUUACCGAACACUCUUACAAGACAGCUGUUAAUGAUAAUACCUCUGUUCCGGAUGAAUCUGUAUUGACCCAAGCAACGGUGUCGCCGUCAGCAAGUGCGAUGAAGGUACGUCGCAGCGAUAGUGAGCAACAUUUAGCGCAGUUGUUUACGCCGAUAUCUUCUACGGUACCGGCAUUAACUAAAACUAGCAUUAAACAGCAGUUUGAACUAAAUAAGUCAGAGCUAACCAUCGUAGGAAAAGAGGUUCAGAAGGCCGGUGAAAGCAAUAUCGAAAGCGGGCCGGAAUCCCUCCCUGCGACGAUACCAACGAGAGAACGUCGAGGUCGACGAAAAGCUGCAGCAAGUGUUCUGUUAGAAAGCGAUCCUCCACAAUUGGUUCAAUCGAUAAUGAAACUAGAGGAUACUGCUAGACCGAAAGUGGAAGCAGCAUUGGUCCAUACUACUGGCAGUUGUGACACAAUUGCAGAUGAGAAAUCAGCUGAUCGUGACAGGCAAGCUGCAGAUGCUGUUUCCAAGACUACGGCGCUUUAUAUCGAAACUGCACAGAAUGCGAUUAGCGACAAACGCGAGAAUAAUAAAGCAGUUGGAGUAGACGACGUGGUCGUCGUCCAGUUGCAGAGCAUCGCAGCAGACGAUGCACGGCCAAAACACGAGCCCAACAUGAGAGUAGUGCAAUCAUCCGCACCCCAAACAUCAAGAGAGCCAAAGGUUGAAGUUGAACAUUUAGUCAAGAUCGAUACAUCUGGCAAAGAGGACACUAAAAGAUUAGCUCAGUCGAUUGACCACGAUGGACCCAAAUCAGAGGACACUUUGUGUGACGACGUGGAAUCAGUCAAGCUAGCCGAAUCCUUACAGAGACAAAAUCUUAAAACUGUCACAAAUACGGAUGUCGCCUCGACAGGGGAUAUUGUAAACGAGAAAACGAUCCAGGAAGAUGUCAUCUCGAAAGCUACCGACAAAGUCGAAGCCAGUAAAUUAGUAGAGGAUCACGAAAAGCCAAACGAAACGUUCACUGAUGGGCAAGAGCAAGAAGAGGAGGUUUGCCUUAUCCUGGGCGAUCCUGAUGAUGCAGAGGACGACGAUAUUCCUCACGUUACUAUAAGCAAGCCCAAUCAGGACACGUCCGUGCAGCAAAAAAGCGAAAAUAAAGACAGCAUUGGAGAUGUGACUCCGGACAUUGCAUCCGCCAUCGAACGUGAAACAUCAGUCACAGGCAACGUUUCAGGCGCGGGUGAAUCUGACGACCUUUGGGAGGCGGUCUUCUGCGCGGAUCACGAUCAGAAUGCGGCCCUCGAAAGAUCUGUUUGGAGCGAAGCUGAAAGCAGCCACCGAUCAAGUGCAAUCAGCAAGUCACGACGAGAACAACCUUCCGAGACCAGGCCGGUAGGCCACGAGGAGCCUUUUGGUGCUUCUGAAAAUACAGUGAGACUUCCAGAGAAGUUUCAACCAAAUGUGGAAAGUGCUGUAGCAUCGAUUCUUGAUCUUCAAGACCCACUCGAUCUUGAGGGGAGACCUUCUUCGAGUUUGUCAUCGGUAGCGAAUGAAACGGACCGUCAGGAAACACUGGGCGGUUCUGACACGCAGGGGCCUUCGGCACCCGACGUGGAUAGCGCUGUUCAGGGUUUGCUGGAUGAGGCCCCGCAGUUCGAAGAGGUGGCGGACGCUGACGUCGAUGAACCUGUUGGCGUAGUAGACGAGCUGUGUAUCCACGAUGACGAGAAUGUCAACGAAGAAUUAGUGGAUGUAGCUCCUGGGGAAGCGUCAGCUCUCGCUACCGCGAACCCCGAGCGCUCUCAAGAAUUUAUAGAAACGCCGCUAGCUGCCUCAUCUCCUAUAUCGUUUGAUUCCCACCACGAUCACGACGAAACGCUACUAACUCCUGGGGACCCGGUUGUGUCAAGCCUAGUCACAGAAGACAGUAGCGCCAUUGUCACAGCUGCUGCUGCUACCAGGGAUAUUGGCUUAUUGCCGACUGCUACCGUGGUCAUAGACAGUAACGUCGCUUCUCAGAAUCAGCAGCAGCAGCCGCGUGUUGAGGAUGUCAAUUGUGCAGCGCAUGAAGCGGCCCGUCGACUCAGCGCUGAGAUUCGCAGCGUCACCGGAGAUGUCGUUGAGAGCGUUGCGACAACGAGUCGCUUGGUAGAGGAUGCUGCCGGUGCUAAUCGGCGUUCCGUGGAAGCCAAUGCAAAUCUUAGUUCAAACGUUGUCCUUUUAACCCCUGUUGAAAUGGCAAACAGCGGAAAGCCCACACGUUGGUCAAUUGUAGAUACCGCAGCACAGUCAUCGCUUCUUACCGGAAACGAUGAGCGCUCGCCGACACCUGCAUCGGCACGUAUAGGCAAUGUCGACGAUCUGAAGAGCAGCGUCAAUUUAUCUGAAGAAAGUAGCAGCUCAGAGAGCGAAAGUGACACUGACGAGAACGACGAUGAUGUUGAACGAGCGGGUAGACUAAAGGAGGAGACUCGUCCGAUGUCAGUAGUGAAAGCCCCCACAAGUGACAUCGAAUCUGAGCUUAAUCCUACUACCACAGCUCAGCCAACAGAACAACUCAAAAAUGAACCAAGGGUUUUGGAUAAGCCAGAAGCUUCCGGCGACAGUUUAGGGUCGGAUGGUAAGCAAAGCAGUGUCUCCGAAACAGCCCGGUGUCUCCGGCAGCCUGACGGCCAGUACGACGAAAGGGAAGCUGAGCAAGAUGACAGCUGCAGCGAUACAAGAUCUAAUGACGGGCCCGCUACAUUGGGUUACGGGUCCGAGAAAAAGAUUGAGAGUAACGUCGCUGGCACUAGCAGCGGUACGGUCUUCGCGUGUUCUAAUACUAACAUUAGUUUUGUAGCAGGCACAUCGGGGGAGUUGUUGGGAACUGAAAGCGAACAGACCAGUAAAAGCUCCAAGGAUCAGGCUGCUUCUCCAUACGAUGGGCAGUUACCCUCAAAGAAAACGUCUUUCUCAGAGCAAAAUGAUUUAUGCAAGCACACUGCUAUGCGAAUAGAGCCCGAGGCCUCCCCUGCGAUAAGACGCCCCGACGACGGCACACCAAUUGUGCGUGAUGUUAAUAAAAACCAGAGUGAGUCAUCGGUAGGUCGGGAAGGAAAUGUUGAUAAUAAAGAUCUUUAUGUAGCCACAUCGGAAACCUCCGACCAAGAAGACCUUGCUGCAUUAGAUUCAACUGAUAGCCAACGCAACCUCGAAGCGCAUCCAUUUAAAAUAGCCUUCGAUCAAGAACGGCAAGGUGGCGAGCGACCUGAUUCCGGUUCAACAGAAAGUAGACAGAACACAUCACCGUUUAAGGUCCAAGACGACUUAGCUGUGUCAUCCCAGCCUAAUGAUACUGGUAAUCUACCUGAAAAAGCAGGUCCUUCGCAGAGUGAAGAAACGCGCGAAGCUGCUUGCUAUUCUGAAGACAACCAAAGUGAAGUGAAUAAAGAUAUGGCUAAUGCUCCUACUGAUAAAGCAACACCUUCCGAAUGUACAACUAGUGGAAUACGGGGUUCGACGACAAGUUCUUCGUUAUCGGAGCAAUCACCAUCACAAGAUUCGCCGUCAGGCCAACAGAUUCUCUCCGUCGAAGUCAGUAAGCCAAACUUUUUGGUUAGUUACGAUCUUGACAGUGACAAUGAGAGUGAUGAAGAGCAUCAUGCUGCUGGUCCUUCAGAAGCUACUGCAAAAGACGUUUCGGUAACGAAUCCGCCGACUAAACUGCAAUCCGCCUCUAAUGUAGAACAACAAAGCGUCGAAGAUUCCGCCGCAGGUAGCUCUGAUGAUCCUGUCAUUGCAACAGCUGCAAAUCGUAUAUCUAAUAAUCUUCCUCGUCAUUGUGGAGCCGAUGUCUCGUCUUCACUACGGGCUCCAUUCACUAGCGGUUCCAGCAGUGCCCUCGACGGGUGCACUGAAUCAACCGCGGCAAGAUAUGUUGACGAACGAGCAUUGCCGGCCGCCAAUAAAAAGUCAGAAGUAACAUCAAGCAGUGAUCAACCUACACAGGACAUAGGAGUCACGAGCCGUGUUAGUCCGAGGAUCGGAGCGUCAUGUCAACCUUCAGCAGAGGUAGCUGUGGAGGAAAAGUCGGAACCGGUGAAACCUGUGGUGAACCAGGACGUCGAGUUUAGCAAUAGGCAACAGGGGCAUCAGGCAGAUGCGUCUAGCUCAGAUGACAAACCGGCACUGCAUGACAGACUGAAUGAAUCUUGUCAUGAGGAAGUAAACCCGGAGGCAUUCCAAGAUAUAGAUCAGAUGACCCAGCAUCACCAUGCGGCUUCAUCGAGCUCUGACACUACCCCAGACAAGGAUCCAGAUAAUAACGCUUCGUCUACUUUGGUAGCCAGGACCGAGCAGACGUCUCCUAACUCCGAUAGAGAUCAGCCACAACUAUGUUGUGUCCUUACUGGAGAUGAAGCAUGUUCUAGUUCUGACAAACGUAUGCAGCCGUCAUCAAAUCUUAUUCAGGAAGAAGCUAGUGAUGAUUUAGUGGAAGAGGCUAGCUCAUCUGGGGAUGCAUCUCAUACUGAGGGUCAGCGAGAAGCCACGGACGUGCAAUCAUCAACGGAAGCUUGUACGGAGCAACAACCUGUUUGCAGAGCUACAUCUAGUGAUGAUAUUGCUGAUGAAAAUGCUGCAGCGGAAAGUUCAGUUCAAGGAAGCGGAACCCCCAUUUCCUCAGCUGCGUCGACUCCCGGGGCUUAUGUCGGCUCAUCUUCGCCACCACCUGCUAGCAUGGCUAGCCUUCAACAAGGAAACCAAGCAAAUUCUGGACAGCUACACAUUGACGCAUCAACUAUUGAAACGACAGGUGGAGCGUCUUCGAGCUCUGAUCAGAGAACGACAAGUGGAGUCAUUGGUGAAAGCGCUGGCUGUAGCCUGCUGUCGUCGCCAUCAUCAAAUGGCAGUGAACAAGCUAGUAAGGAUGAAACAAAUUCGCGCGAGGCCCGCGCCAUCGCUGAGGACAUCAGUCCUGGAUCCGAGGCAUCUGCUACUUUGGAUGCAGGUGGCUCCUUACGACGAUUCGAAUCAGGACAACAAAAUCAGGAAACGCUGAGACAAGAAGAAGCUCAGUCAGGUAUUGCCGAAAAGGACGAAGCAGAAAGCAAUCGAGAUUUUAACGUAGAUGCCUCGAUCAUUGUCGCGCCGAGGCGCGGGGACCGACCAGAUGCCUUGGAUACAACGAAAAGCAUCAGCAGCAGCGAAGAACGAACAACUGUCUCCGGCAAGUCGGCCUGCCAGAACACCUUACUGCCGUCGGCUACUCCAUCCGAUGUUACUCCAUCCGACGCAGGUCACAGCCAGAGUGUCGCGGAUAUCGCAGCUGCGAUUCGGCAGUCCGAGGAAUCUGGCAGAGGGCGAUGUCAAAGCACCAGUGAACAAAGACCGAUGCCGCGAACAUCAUCGUCGCCUGAUCAUGGCGGUGACAACAACGACGAUAGCGGGGGCAUCGGCUCACACAAUGCUUCCUCUGAGGGAUCGCUCCCAUGUAGUAGUAGUAACAGUACCGGCAGGCCUGUUAAUGAAAUAGAGGCAUCUAUGGUAAUAGAUGACGACCGCGAUAUUUCUAGCAGCAAUAACGCUAACAGCAAAUAUAUCUCAACGGAGAAGGAAAAUAGCGGUAUUGCCUCAGUGGGAAGUGAAGCAGAAAAUGUUUCGGGAAGCAUAACCGGGCCCGAGGAAGCUAAAGCUAGCGGCAGUAAGCGCGAUUCAAGGGGUGAGUUUGAAGAUGAUGAUCGGGACGAAGCUGAAUUUAGCCGAAAUUACAACAAAUCGGAUAUUUCCAGUUCUCAAGGAAUUUCAUCUGGCGUCGCCUCAGUAGAUGUCAACUUCGCUAUUGACGCUAUUUCAAAGAUAUCAGCGGCAACGCUAGGUGAAAAUUGUAGUAGUAGUAGUAGUAGUAGCAGCAGCAGCAGCAGCAGCAGCAGCUCGGGCAUAGUUAAUGACCACAAUCAAGAUUUAGCGAGUGAGGAUAGGGAAGCCAUGGAGCAGGUAGAUCAGUCUACCGCUUGUCAAGAUCGAGGUGACGAAGCUACUGGUAGCGAAGCUGAACAAUUGACCAGUUCAUCGGUCCCAAACGCAGCCUGCAGCACAAGUGGCUCGACCAUUUUUAUUACUCGUAAAAAACUACGAACAGGAAAAAUUCAGGAUGCCGGUAUCGCCUGUACGAAAUCACCGGUAAAUAAGGAUAAAUCCAAGGACUUCCAGGCUUCUCAUGAGAUGAAUAGCACUUCUGAACGGGACAUAAGUUACUUCGAUGACGAUCUAGAGCGUAGAACGGAUGAAGUGGGCGAGGUCAUUGAAGAUGUUGACAAGAAGAAAAUAAGCCAGACCAAUAGUUCUCCCGCCCGAUCGGAAGCGUCGUUAGAGCUUUUAGAUGGAAACGUCCGAGGAAGUAGGUCGCCGACUGCUUACGCUAGCCGAGCUGAAGUGGCAAACGACCUACGAGGUCUGGUUCCACACGAGUCUAGACGCUCAGAAAUUUUAGCGAUGAGCUCUACGCACGCAGGCUAUUUGCAAGAAUCUUUUCGUUGUAGUAAUUCCUCCGCCGGUAGUACAGCUGACUGUAAAGCAGCUGCUUCCCACACUUACAAAGCUAGCAAAGGUCCCUCGCCUUGGAAUGCCGACGAUUCGGUCUAUCCCAAACAAAUCACAGCGGAGUCAGGCAACCCCGCCGAUCAAGCCAACGACGCUGAAGAUGAACGUCCGAUGGAGGAACUAAUUUCCGCAGCUCAAGAAACGAACAUGGGAGAAGCUUCUUCGCUAACUUUCAAAAAUCUCGGUAGCUCCAGUGUACACACAAAUGAUCCAGAAACGUCUACUCAAGUCAACAAGUCUUCAGACAGUCCCGUUAGGGACCGGAAUUCUUUAGGUAGACCGGCUCAGCAUGACGCGUUCUCAAAAACGUGUACACAAGGCAACACCGAUCCGAAAGCUCCUGUCGAAGAUGAGGAACUUUCGGCGAAGUUUGCUCAUGACACGAGGCCAUCGGGGACUUCGGCUCAAGAUGACGAAUCUGUGUGUGUUUCCGACGAGAUAUCUAUAGAGACCUCGAUGGGGGCUGAAGGGUCACUGGAGACGCCUUCUGUUUAUGAGACACUUUAAGGUAUUUAAUGUUUAAAGGUAAUACCGAGAAUCAUGGGGAACUGGCUAUUGCGGGCAACAGCAAGUCGCACGCCUCUGGUCGCGGCGACGUCCGUUUCCGUUUGGAGUUUUUCGGCAAUGAACUCAAAGAGUUGGAAAUGAGCGCGGAGCAUUUCGCUGCGUCUGUAAAAACCACCAAUGACAACGUCGAGGAUUCAGUUAAUCCCGAGUCCAGUACUCAAGACAUGAAUAUAAAUGCGCAGGGUACAACAAUAGAGUUAGAGUAGUCUGCUAAAGGUGACAAUGAAGAAAACACCGUAGAAACCUUGGCGUCAAGAAUCAAGGAGGAAGCUCCUGCUUUCAAGAGUCCAUAUCCUUCAGAAAAGUCAGCUAGCCCGGUGCAAAUAUCAGAGGCAAAAUAAGCGAUCGAACUUUACAAGCACCAGUUAAAGCGCGGACUUAACUCUUACUGACAAUACACACGGAGUGAAGAACGGUUUUGCUUUUGUUGCAUAAGAACGUUGUUCAGGAGUCCAUGACAGUUGCGCGAAAACUGAAUGCCAGAAGAAUACGCAGUUCUGUGAAGAGGAGCUGUUAUUAAUAUAUAGGUACAGAAUGAUGCAAAUGGACAGUGACUUCCGUUUUUUUUAAGGGCGCCACUGAAAGAGUUUUACACGUAUAUCUUAUUCACGUUGCCGGUAACUUCUCUGAGCGCAACAUAAUGUCCAGUAUCCCAUUUUCCCUUUCACGUCCCAAUGGAUAGAGAGAUCUCGAAAAUAUUAGGGUAAUUAUACCCACAUGUUGCUGGCGUCGGACCUUUCUUCACCCUUGUUGUACUAUUACUAUUGUAUGUAUCUUUGAUGAUGUUUCUAUUCUGCUUGAAAAGACAAGGUAGUAAGCCUAAUACAUAGAGAAACUAUAUAUAUAGAAACAUACACCACUCACACUGCCGACAGACUGCGUCGGUUAGUACAACAAUAACAGAUUAUACAAUAAUGGUAGUUCAUACACACAUCUAAUGAACAAUAUGGCUCUAUGUAGAAUACGUAAUGCUAGCAGUGAAGUGCGAGAAAGUAACCUUUAGCCUCGAGCUAUCUUGGCUCUCCAGCUAGCCCACCACUGUUACUUGUCUGUACUUGUAUUUUAUGUAUUUAGAGAAUUUUGAUUUUCACAAGAGUCAUUUGGGGGUUUGGGACAGCGCAUCUAUCUUAGUCGCGGCAAUUUCGAUCAAGUAACUUAGUCAAUUAAUCCCUUAGGAAGAGUUUUCGUUUAUACAUGUUAAUUACAAAAAUAUCUUGUUUUCGCGCUGGACACAUCCGCCCCUGAGAUUCGUGCCCUCAAUGGUGUUGACUUUAAGAUCGAAAACUUUGGUCGAGUCGAUCUAACACAAAGCUGAAUUGUCAGAUCGGUCAUGUAGCAUUAUGUAGCGGUAUUAUUAUUAUGGUUUGGCAGCUCAGCAGUUAUAUUAGAAAGACGAAACGCAGUACCCCCAUUAUAGAGCUUACCUGAUAUCAUCAUUGUGCACAAUUCGAUACUCAGUUGAAACAAACUGCUUUUCAUUCCUUUACGAUGCCCAACUGCCUGACGUAUGUAGUACAUCAGCGUAUAUCCCAGGUGGUGCACACUAUGCGGACCAAUAACCCCCUAUUGAAAGCAUACCCUUAUUACAUGAAUAGAACUUUUUAUUGUACACAUGCGACCCGCUGAAUCAAUUUGUACGUGACUUAGUUAUUUCUUUUGAUUGAACCCUUGUGAGACGAACGUCUGCUUUGUGCAUACGUUUACCCUUAGCUGUCGUUGCAAGAACUAAAGUACCACGGUGUGUAAAGGCCUACAGCUGAGUUGCCUGGUAAUAUUGUCGAAUAAUGACCCUCUUUGAGUCGAAGUGAAUACGUUGCUAACUCUAAAAAUACCCAUAUGCACGCUAUAUACUAAGACGGCUAGACUACUCCUGUAUACUUGUACAUAAACAAUGAAGAUGGAGGGGUGCAAAAAAAUUUUGUUAAAUCGACUCCGUGCAUCGUUAUAAUAACUGCAGAGUGCCAAUGCGUGCAAGAAGCAGUAGCUGGCGAAGUUGGUAAUAUCCUGUGCACCAGUUCUACCGAUCCAUAUUCUUUUACUGCUAGACUGUAUGCAAAUUGACCUAUGUAAAAACUCUAGCACUAUGACAGCGUUUUCGGCAGACAAUAACCAAACAAAUUUGGCAAAUCCUCAUAAUCAUCCACGCUCUGUGACUCCAGAGUAGAGCUGUACAUACAAAGUCUACAAAUUUCUCAUUAUAUAUACACAUACGGUAGUCUAUAUAUACAUAUAUACACAUAUAUAUAUAUAUGUAUGUAUG